UUUUCGCGUUUUGUUGUCAUCUUCGUUCUUCUCCCCUCAAAGUUCCGCCUCACUCUCAGCUCACUUCGACUCUUGCUCGGUUGUACCAAGGCCAAGAGCAUUUUCAGAACAUUCUCCUCUUCGUGUCCUACCUAUUUUGUACCUGUGUGUGUGUGUGGCUGUAAUUUUUUCUAUUCACGGGCAAGCGUUUUUUUGGCGUGAAAACAUCGAGAUCAGAAAAACAGAUCCUAAUAGCUUUCCUUCUGGAACUCCAGCUGCUCCCCGUAGAUCUAUCCUCUGGCCCGUAGGGUAGAAUUUGGUUGAUUCCAGUGUGUUCCAUUCUGUAUUCGCGUCUCCAAGUCCAGCAGCCACAUAAGACGUGGACAAGACUCCCAACAGGUCGUGUUGUUGCACUCGGCUGGAGAUGGCAGGCAACACUUCGUUUCCCGAGCUCCAACGAUUACCAAUUGAUGAAAUUCAGCGUCUGUUGGACGAUGAUACUGCGCUGUUGAACUUCUUCUCAACUUUACCCCAGGUGAAGGCCAUUCAGGAUCGCCGUGAAGCACUGGCCAAGGAAGUCGAGGAGCAAGCACGAAAGAACAUGGAGAGGAAGCCGGAAUAUGAAGAAAAGCGACAACAACUCUCCGAUACGUAUGAUGAGCUCACAACGAUGCGUCAGACGUACGACCAGUUAGUUCAGCGUCAGGCCGAUCUCUCGGAGAAAUACUCACCGCCGAUGAUCCUCACUCAGCUGCGUAUUGAUGCCAGUGCUGUAGAUGAGGAGGCUGAGCAAGUGGCAGAAUCCUUCCUGUCCGGGAGUUUAUCAGUGGAUGAGUUUGUAUCACAGUUUAUGGAGAAGAAAAAGUUGAGUCACACACGGCAUGCAAAAGUUGAAAAGCUCAGUGCAAGAGUCGAGGGGCGCUGGUGAGGAUUGCUGGUGGCGUGUCGAGUAGGUCGGUCGCCAUUCACAACAACUCUACUGCAACUGGCCUGCACCGCGCAGCAGGUCUCCGCCUAUGCAUUCAUUGUGAUGGGGUGUCAGAGAGUAUGCGUACAUGUACUACCAUACAUACUAUCCUUGAACGUGGUGUAUAACCAGUGAAGUUAUUGAACUGCUCAUGAAAUUGUCACUCAAUACAAGCUUACCCAUCAACCAUAAUAAGUCGUCCAUCAUCAGAAGCAGCAUGAAACACUCAACACACAGUCAUUGCAACUGCAACAUAUUUUCUGGAAAUAAGUGUCAACGUGUUGCUCGUCUGCCGUGUUGCCCUACUCGCUAUUAUAAUUAUUUCCGUGCAGUUCUGAGAUUUUCUGGCUCUGGUAACAUUGUAGUUUAGCAGUUACCUGUCACAUGAUCACUCCCUGUAGUCACCUGUGUGUUUUGAGUUCAUUUGAGACCUUUUUUUUAUUUGGAGCAUAUUUUUUGAAGUACUAACACUGCGUUCCUUCAAAACUCUUGUUUGGAGGGAGGGAGUAUUCGGGUGGCAAGUUUAGACGUUGGUUUAACAAAGUGAGUUUGUACUCUUGCUGGUGUA